CAUGUAUCGAGGCGGGACGGCAGCAGCAGAUCCCCCAGCCCCCAACUCGCUCUCCAACUACGCUCGAGUGCGUCGUCGUCGUUGUUGGGACCAAAUGUUGUCGUUCGGGAACAAUGUUGUCGUUCGGGAACGCGCGGAAACGAAGUUUUUUAAUUGUCGAAGGAACGUUGGACUGUAACGGCAUUUCGAAAAGGGAUUGCGAUGGAGAAAGCAGACCAUCACGGGUGGAGCGCGCUGGUGAGCGUCGAGACGGCCAACCUGUUUGUCGGAUCGAGCUGGAAACAUCGGGCGUGGAGCUUGGAUCGUGGCAUCUUGACCAUGGCAACGGGCAAGUACGGCGGGUCGUGUAAGCAUCGCUUGAAGUAUGGCGGGCCGUGGCUGGAAAAGGAACUCGGGAUCCAGGUCGAGACGGUCGACGGCCAGUGGUUUCGAGCCAUCGCCACGUCCAAAGUGCACUGGGCCAUGUGGAUGCAAGCAUUCCAAUCGCUGCAUCCGCCACGGCUGCCACCGACGUUCUCGCCGAAAAAGGUCAAUUUCCAUGGCAAAGUCCGCAUUCGGUUGAUUCCGUUGAAGUCGCCCGACGAAAUCGCACAGCUCCACUACUCGGACACCGAACUGUCCGCGAUGAACGCCAACGACACACUGCCACGCGAUGCGCUGCGCAUGAAAACCGCGCGGCCGAUACCGCAUCAACCCCAUCGCCACACGAAGCACUUUGUAUUCCUAUGAUCUAGUCCACGGUGACACACGUUGUUGCUACAUGUUAAAUAUUUAAACCGCGUCGUCGUACCGUUCAAUGCCACUUGGGUCUCUUUCGCUUGACGUUCACGCCGUGUUUGAUCUCGCUCGGAUCCCCGUGGCAUUUCUCGAGACUCGGAAGUCGUGGCGCAGGCUGGUUUCUGGCCAUGGAAGACGCUUCUGCCAUCAUGCAAGCUCGAAGCUUGUCGAUGCCGGUGCCCCCGACCUUUGGCGUCCCAAGACCGACGAAGCAUGUCUGGAUGGGGAUUCUAAAUUGUGACGGACGAUUUCGCGCACAGACAGCACCAUGUGCUGCCGCGGCAGGA